UACAUUACUUGAUCCCACUGAGAGACAGAUGGUCAACAAAGCCAUUAUAACCUCAGUAGAGGGGAACAUAGCCAGCGGACUACUUCAAGGUACUGUCACUCAGAUAUUCCCCCUUGAAAAUCCUGGGUGGGAUCCAAAUAUACCAGAACAAAUGGCGAGGCUGAAACGAUAUCAAAGCCUUGUGGUAUAUGGGUUAAAGCAUGGUGUACCUAAAGCUAUAAAUUGGUCAAAGCUUUAUGAAAUAAAACAAAAUUAUGAUGAAUCACCCACUGAUUUUUUGAACAGAUUAAGAGAAACUGCUAUCAAGUAUACUGAUCUAGACCCUGAGUCAGCUGAUGGUAAAGCACAUCUGGUUUUGUUGUUUAUGGGUCAGGCUUCAAAUGAUAUAAGAAGGAAGCUACAAAAGAUAGAAGGAGUCCGAGAUAGGGAGAAAUUGCUAGAGGUUGCCUGGAAGGUAUUUCGAGAUAGGGGUCCAACUGAAAGGGUUAAAUCUCAACCUAGUAAAAAGGCAACUCAGCAAAAGUUAUCCAACAAAGCUUCUCCUACAGAGAAGGACCAGUGUGCAUACUGUAAAAAGUGGGGACAUUGGAAAAAGGACUGUCCAGUGUUAAAAGAAAAAUCCUCAGUUUCCCAACUGCCAGUAGUACAAACUUCAAGUGGCUCAGGCUCUGAGUGAUGCCGACCGAGGGCUCUUCCCCCAGCAGAGCCCUUGGUUACGACUAAGCUGGGGAAAGAUGACAUUGAGUUUUUGGUAGAUACUGGAGCAGCAUAUUCUGUGUUGAAUACCUUAGAAGGGAAACUGAGUCGUGACACUGUACGUGUUGUUGGGGCGACUGGGGUAACUGAAACAAGGCCUUUUUUUCCAACCUUUAAAAUUCAAAUUGGGGAAGCAUUGGAUAACCCAUCAAUUCCUUUACAUGCCUAACUCCCCAAAACCACUAAUGGGGAGAGACUUGCUUGAAGAAUUGGAAGCAGAGAUUAAAUUUAAAAAAGGAGGGGGUGUAGAAGUUAUAAUUCCCGAAUCUAAAUUUGUCCAAGUUGCUGCAGUUUUUAUACAGGAAAAAUGCAGUGAAAUCCCCGCUGAAGUAGAAAAUGUGGUAAAUCCGAUAGUGUGGGCCAGUGAUGUCCCAGGAAGAUCCAAACAAGCAGAACCGGUGAGUAUUGCACUCAAACCAGGAGCUACACCGGUAAGGCAGAAACAAUAUCCCUUAAAAUUAGAAAAUCGUAAGGGAUUGAUACCUAUAAUUGAAAGAUUUUUACAGCAUGGUUUGUUAGUGCAGUGUGAGUCCAAAUUUAACACCCCUAUUUUAGCUGUUAAGAAAGCAGAUGGUAAGAGUUAUAGGUUAGUACAAGACUUAAGAGCGAUUAAUAAAAUUACGGAGGAUAUACAUCCAGUAGCAGCCAAUCCCUACACCCUAUUGACCACACUAACAGAUGAGUUAAGGUGGUUUACUGUUCUAGAUCUGAAAGAUGCCUUUUUCUGCAUUCCUGUACACAAAAAUAGUCAAGAUCUUUUUGCUUUUGAAUGGGAAAAUCCCGAGACAGGGAGAAAGUGUCAACUUACCUGGAGAGUUUUACCCCAAGGUUUCAAGAACAGCCCAACCAUAUUUGGGAACCAGCUAGCAAAGGAAUUGGAAGACUGGAAAAAACAGGAGCCAGAGGUAGUUAUUCUUCAAUAUGUGGACGACAUCUUGAUUGCAGCCAGGACCAGAGAUGACUGCAUACAAUUCACUGUAAGUUUAUUAAACUUUUUGGGACUUAGAGGGUACAGAGUCUCUAAAGACAAAGCACAGAUUGCUAAAGAAACAGUCAUCUAUUUGGGACUUGAGAUCUUCCAGGGACACAGACAACUCAGCAAGGAAUGGAAAGAAGCUAUCUGUCAACUCCCAGAGCCCCAUCCAGUGAGAGAGAUGCAAGCUUUCCUGGGAAUGGUAGGUUGGUGUUGUUUAUGGAUAGCAAAUGAUGGACUUCUAGUAAAACCUCUAUAUGGGGCCUUAAAAGCAGCCGAGAGAGGAAUUAUUCCAUGGACUGAACACGAUAGAGCAGCUUUUAAACAGCUGAAACACUCACUGAUGUCAGCUCCAGCAUUGGGACUGCCAGAUUUAACUAAACCUUUUGAACUUUUUACAUAUGAGAGACAGAACAUGGCUUUGGGGGUGCUAGCACAGCGUCUCGGGAACCAGCGGAGAGCUGUGGCCUACUUUUCCAAACAGCCGGAUAGUGUUGCCCAAGGUUGGCCGGGGUGCCUAAAGGCCGUGGCAGCCACUGUCAUUUUAAUCCAGGAGGCUCGAAAACUUACCCUUGGGCAACACAUUGUGGUGUAUGUACCCCAUGCCGUGGCAGCUGUCCUUGAGCAAAAGGGGGGACAUUGGCUGUCUGGCAACCGGAUGUUGAAAUACCAAUCACUGUUGUUAGAGCAAGAUGAUGUUACCCUAAAAACAACUUCUGUUGUUAACCCUGCUAUGUUUCUGUCCUCCAUCUUAAUUGACAAUGAGCCAGAGCAUGACUGCUUGCAGAUAAUUGAGGAGGUCUAUUCCAGCCGACCAGAUCUGAAGGAUGUGCCCAUGGAGAAUCCAGAUUGGGAACUCUUUACCAACGGAAGCAGCUUCAUGAAAAAUGGUAAAAGGAUGACAGGCUAUGCAGUGACCACACAGGAUAAGGUGAUCGAGGCAAAGGCCCUGCCAGCAGAUGUGUCAUCGCAGAAAGCUGAGCUGAUUGCACUAACAAGAGCUCUAGACCUAAGUGAGGGAAAAAAGGUAAAUAUAUGGACCGAUUCCAAAUAUGCAUUUAGUGUUGUCCAUGCCCAUGGAGCCAUUUGGAAAGAGAGAGGACUUUUGAAUGCUCAAGGUAAUCAAAUUAAACAUGCUGAGCAAAUACUUGCCCUCUUAGAGAGCAUUAAAAGACCUGCAGAAGUAGCUGUCAUGAACUGUAGAGGUCACCAAAAGGGGAAAACUGCUCCAGAAUUGGGAAAUUGCUUUGCUGAUAAAAUGGCAAGAAGGAUUGCAGAAAAGGGUAUUCUUGCAGUAAUUCCACAGAAAGAGAUUGAUUUGUCAGGGUACACCCCAAAAUAUGAUCAGGCAGACCACAAACUAAUAAAAUUCCUUAAAGCUAAAAUCACAGAAAGUGGGUGGGCUGUUACCCCGACGAACCAGGUGGUAGUCCCACCCCUGAUCCUUCGGGAAUUAGUUCAGAGAGAACACGAAACCACACAUUAUGGGGUUGAAAACCUUUUGAAACACCUAAGAAAGGUAGUAAUAGGGAAGGGAAUGAUUGAUAUUAUACGAUCAGUAGUGAGUAAAUGUGAGAUUUGCUGUAAAAACAACCCUGACACAAGAAAGAGAGUUGUAUUAGGAAUAACAAAGGCAGGAGAUCUUCCUGGGGAUUACUGGCAAAUAGAUUUUGCGGAGUUACCACGCAAAGAGGGAUACCGGUACAUACUGGUAUUGGUUGACACCUUCAGUGGAUGGCCAGAAGCUUACCCCUGUCGCACUAACACAGCUAGGGAGGUGGUGAAAGUUUUGUUUAACCACAUAAUUCCGAGAUUUGGGGUUCCCUUGGGAAUAUCAUCAGAUAGGGGACCACACUUUGUCGCAACAGUGGUCAAAGAUGUUAGCCAGAUUUUGGGAAUUACUUGGGAUCCACACACACCUUAUAGACCCCAAGCGAGUGGUAAAGUUGACCCUCCUAAAGGCAACAUCCUGAUAGCACAGAACACUCUGCUGAUGGGUUUUGCUGCUGCCAAAAGACGCCUGGCUUGUUAA